AUGACUAGUGAAAAUAAAUAUUGCAAAUUUCAUGAAACUUAUAAUAGACAGAAAUGGAAAAUAAAAUCUAAUAAUGAAUUGAAAGACAUGAUUGAGAAACAGUUUAAUCUAACAGGUGAUACUUUUAUUUUGAUGGAAUAUGCAAUAAAUAAACUAAAUGAUAUGGAUUUCAAAUUAAAAGUUAUGAAAGUUAAUCUAAAUAACAUAAAGACUAGAUUGAGCAAAACGAAUGCUUUGCUAAAUAAUACAGUCAGCACUGUUAAUGUUCUAAGAGAUGAAUAG